GGUCUGCUCCCUGCUGGUUUAAAAAGUUUGAUGACAAAUACCUGCGGAAGCUUUUGAUUCGGGAAAACCAGCCCAAGUCGAGCAUCGUGUCCUUGUAUAAAAAGCUGGAGAUCAAGCACGCCAUCGAGAUGGCGGAGACCGGGCUGAGGAGCGCGGGGCCUUCGUUUGCGUCUCUGAAUGACUGUCAUGAAGAAAAAAUAAGGAAGCUUACACCUGGUGAAAUGGAUGAAAUUCGAGAAAUAUUAUCAAGAAAUCUCUAUCAAAUCCGCCAGCGAACUUUGUCAUACAACAGACACAAUCUGACGGCUGACACAAGUGAGAGACAAGCCAAGGAGAUUCUCAUCCGCCGAAGGCACAGCUUGCGAGAGAGCAUUCGGAAAGACAGCAGCUUGAGUCGGGAGCGCAGGGCUUCCACAUCAGCCUCCCGGUACCUGUCCUUACCCAAAAAUACAAAGCUUCCAGAAAAGCUACAAAAGAAAAGGAAUGUUUCUAAUGCAGGUGGCAACAGCAGUGACUCGGACGCAGAUGCCGGGACCACUGUCCUCAACUUGAAGCCCCGCACGAGGCGCUUCUUGCCGGAGCAGUUCUCACAGAAAGCGGCCCAGGCCUGCAGGAUGGAGUGGAAGAACGAGGUGGACGUCGAUGCGGCCCGACAGCCCUGCACCCCGGCACCCCACCGCAGGGAGGGGGCCACGCAGACCCCAGGCGCGCUGCGGCAGCCCCUGCUCCCCCAUGGCCAGCUAGGCCCCGGGCAGGAGGGCCCCACGACUGAGAGCCAGCGACCCAAGCCGCCCCCCAGGCUGGUCCGAAGGGCCUCAGAGCCUGGAGGCCACAAGGCUCGCUGGGGGAGUGAGCGGCCCUAGCAGGAAAGGCCCUGCGGCCAGCGCCACUGUCACUGCUCCAAACAGACGCAGGACCCAGGUCGACCCCCCAGGCCUCAUCCUCUCCUGGAGAGUGGAGUCACGCCUUUGAUUAACGAGCCGAUUGCCUAUCCCAAGAAGUGGAAAGUCAACAAGAAAAAGUCCGGUGAAAUGUCUUUUAUGAGUUGUGAGCAGUUGUAGUUUUUGCAGAGCUGAGUAAAAAAAUGUGUGCCUUCAUUGAACUUGAAUGACUGAACUUGACAUUUUUAGCACACCCUUGUCGGUGAAAAUUUUAAUAUACGCAUAUGCCUCAAAUUUUAUUUAUGAAAAAGUAUGUUUAUCUGUGGUCAGUUUUUAAGUGAAUGGCCCUAAAAAUACUCUGAAGAUCUUCCUGAGGCGUAGCGGCGGCUCCUGUGGCCAGCACUCCUGAUGGCCGGCGC